AUGGAGAAGACGAUUUUCAACAUUUGCUCCGCCGUCAGCUCCCUAUCCACCAUAGAACAAAUUCCGGCACGACGGAACUAUCAAUCUAGACCCUGUGGAACUAGAACCUUCUCGGGUGUUCCCCAAAGUACCAUCUUCGCCGAUGUGGCUGCAAACAAAGCCGGUUACAACCCACCGGAUUCCAACCCACCGAAUUUUAAGCCAGCAUCGGAAAUCCUCUACACACAAUCUUCAAAUUUGAGAAAUCUUCACACAGAUAAGGGAACGGGUUUGGAUCCGACGUCAUGUGCGACUUCACCCUCGUCAUCGAUUUGUCUAUCUGAACCACCUCUCCUCCCCCUAGAAGAAAUCCGAUGA